AGCACAUUUUGAAUGAGUUAAGAAUGAAUCGAAGAAGGUUCGCAAUCGCAGAAACACGUCAAUCAAUUUUUACAAUCAAUUGCGUUUAAUUAAAAUUUAUACCGUGAAUUUUCUAGAAGGAAUCUAUUAAAAACCUGAUCAGUCAGUUCAAUCCAAAAAGCAAAAAAAAAAAAUAAAAAUAAAUAAAUGAAAAAUUAGUGCAUAAAGUUCUCGCUCUAUUUACGAAUUUUCACGCAUUAAGGCGCAAGAAAGCCCAAAAAUUAUUGAACUAAGCGAACUAUCACCAACAUACAGUACUGCUCAAGGUGUAGCAGCUGAAAAAUUUACAACAGAAAUGCUUAAAUCACGUAUUGAAAUCGAUCCAUUGCUAGGUCGCAGCCUGGUGACUACAGAACCAGUUAAGAAGGGCGACAUAGUUGUAGAGGAGUCACCCUUUGCGGUGGGACCCAAACAGAAUAGCGGUAUCGUUUGUCUCGGUUGUUAUCGCGAUUUGAUUUUCGGCGAAGAUGGUGAUUCGCUGGAUCGUUGCGAAAAGUGUGAUUGGCCAUUGUGUAGUGCGUGUUUUGAUGCACCCGAUCAUCUGGAUGAGUGUGCGAUAUUUGCUAAAGCAAAAGUCCAUUUUGCCGGAAAUGUCAGUGAAGAUGGAGUUUGCACACAACUGGAUUGCAUAACACCUUUGAGAGUCCUUCUUGCCAAAGAAUUCGACCCCAAUCGUUGGGAACUCGAAAUAGCACCCAUGGAAUACCACAACGAAGAACGUCGCAAAUUAAGUGAUGUUUGGAAUGCCGAUUUCGUGAAUAUUGCUCAAUACCUGCGCGGACCAUGCCGAUUGGCUGAUCGUUUCUCUGAAGAUCUCAUAAUGCAAGUGGUGGGCAUUUUGGAGGUGAACGCAUUCGAAGCACGUACCGUACAAGGAUACGCACUACGAUGCCUAUAUCCAAUUACCGGUAUAUUGGCGCAUAAUUGUGUACCGAAUACAUUUCGCACCAUACAUCCGAGUGAGGGAUAUAGAAUUCGAUUGCGCGCCAUGUGCGAUAUAGGUGAGGGACAACAGCUGCAGCACUCCUACACAUACACUCUGAAUGGCACCGCCCAGCGACAGGAGCACCUGAAGGCCGGCAAAUUCUUCACUUGUGAAUGCAAACGCUGCAAGGAUCCCACCGAGCUGGGUACAAAUUUCAGCACAUUCAAGUGCAGUAAAUGCGAAGAUGGUUGGUUGUUGUCGACAAAUCCACUGGAUUCCUCAUGCGACUGGAAAUGUACACUGUGCACUUUCAAAACAUCCAACAAUGCCGUACAGAAGGCAUUAACAGUUAUGCAAGCGGAAGUGGCCGUUAUACAAGCGAUGGAACCUAGUCCACAGAAGCUGCAAGAAACCGAAAAACUUAUGCGGAAAUAUUGUGUCGUUGUACAUCCUCUGCACUUUAUACAAAUUGGUCUGCGACAGAGCCUCAUUGAGAUGUAUGGUCGUGUCGCAGAAUAUGAAUUAGCUGAAUUGCCAGAUGUCAUGCUCGAGCACAAGGAGGAGCUAUGCCGGCAGGUGUUGAAAGUUUUAGAUGUAUUCGAACCGGGUUUGAGUCGUACACGUGCAACUCUGCUCUACGAAUUGCAUGUGCCGUUGGUGUUGCUGGCCAAAAGCGGUUUCAUAGCUGGUGUGCUAUCAGCAGAGGCGUUGAGAGAGAAACUCCUUGACGUCAUCGGCAUACUCAGAGAAUGCGUGGACAUACUGCAGUACGAGGAUCCAGAGACGCAAGAGGGUAAUUUGUGCAGGGUGGCACAACAGGCAAUGGAGCAGUUGAUGCAGAGCGUGGAAGGUUUAACUGGAGAUGAGUGAUGGCGAUAAUCGGAUCGUGCUUGCUUAUUUAUAUAUAGUAUAAUUAUUAUAAAGUAUUCUCGAAUUUGUUUUUAUUUCUUUUAUUGAUUUUGUCUUUUACCAUUUAAGAAAAAAAAAAAAAAUGUGGCCGCUCAGCUCGAAUGUUAAUUAUGAA